AAAUCUUAAAAGUUAACCUGCUGUACCUCUGUAUUCUUCCUUUGACAGUGAUUAGUGCACAGCUAACAGCACGUACAACCUGUGACAAGGAGCACUGGGAGCCAGCUAAGAGCCAGCGACAAUGUCUUUCAACUGCUGGACACUUCAUACUCGACUUGGAGCCUGUAAGGUGGACUGCAGAGCACUGGCAUGCCUCUUGGUCUUUGCAGUGAGUGUCAGUGGCAGUGCCCCAGGGAUGUGUCCGACAGCCUGCAUUUGUGCCAGCGAUAUCGUAAGCUGCACCAAUAAGAACCUCUCUCGGGUGCCAGGAAAUCUCUAUAGAAGUAUGAAAAGGCUGGAUCUGAGUUAUAACAGAAUUGGAUUCUUAGAGCCUGAAUGGGUCCCAGUGCUGUUUGAGAAGCUGAACACUUUAAUAAUCAAUCAUAACAGCAUUAGCAGCAUUAUCACUGGGAGCUUUUCCACAACCCCAAACCUGAAGUACCUAGACUUGUCGUCCAACAGCCUGAAGACGCUGGGCAGCCCUGUAUUUCAGGAGCUGGGGGCCCUGGAAGUUCUUCUGCUUUACAACAAUCAGAUAAUGCAUAUAGAAUCUUCAGCCUUUGGAGGACUGUACAAAUUACAGAAACUGUAUUUAAGCUAUAACUUGCUCUUGCAUUUCCCACUGGACCUGUUUGUUGGAAAACACAAGCUGACAGAACUCAUAUUGCUGGACAUUUCCUUUAAUCGCAUCCAGUCGAUGCCUAUUCAGCGCCUGAGUUCAGUACCAGCCAAACAUCUUAGCGGAGUUUAUCUUCACGGCAACCCAUUUUAUUGUGACUGCACACUGUACUCUAUGCUCAUCUUCUGGUAUCAAAGGCACUUCAGCUCUGUGGUGGACUUCAAAAGUGAGUACACCUGUUUAUUGCGAUCCGAUCCAAGAGGCUACAACAAACAGCCUUUACUGCAUGACAACUUUCUGAACUGCUCUGAAAGCACCAUCAACAGCUCUUUUCAGGCCUUUGGAUUUAUUCAUGAUGCCCAGGUCGGUGACAGGCUGAUCGUUCACUGUGACAGCAGAAUCAGUGAUGCAGGCACACACUUCGUUUGGGUUAGUCCGGAGAAUAAAUUGCUGGAGCCAGACAUGGAGACCGACAAAUUUAGGGUGUUUCAUAAUGGGAGCCUGGAGAUAACAGAUGCCCAGCUAGAGGACUCUGGGCUGUACUCCUGCACUGCAAUAAAUAAGAAAAGACUAUUAAAUGAAACCAUAGAGGUUAGAAUAAAUGUCAGCAAUUUCACAGUUAACAGGCCUCAUGCUCAUGAAGCAUUUAAUACAGCUUUUACCACCCUUGCUGCCUGCGUAGCCAGUAUUGUUUUAGUACUGCUUUAUCUCUACCUGACCCCCUGCCCGUGUCAAUGCAAGACAAAGAGGAAGAAGAGGAAGCUGAACCAAAGCAGUGCCCACACAUCCAUACUGAACUCUACACCGUCCCAAGAGCUGCCUGCUGAGGAGAAGAAGGCCAGCACUGGCAAACGAGUGGUUUUCCUGGAACCCGUACAUGAACCAAAACAGAGUCAGAACGGGAAAGUAAAACUGUUUCCUAAUGACAAUGUCAUUGCUGAGAGUAUCUUAAAAACUACUCGAACAAAAUCCGACUCUGAUUCUGUCAAUUCUGUGUUCUCAGAUACACCUUUCAUGCCAUCAACUUAGUUUGCUGCCUGUAUUUGUAUUGUGCCGUUACAUUUCUGAAUACCUCCUUUGCUUGUAGCAACCAUCAGGAAAAAGAAAU